CUUUUUUCUUCAUCUAUAAAUACUCAAAAAACUCAUCUUACUGUUGGAAACACACAUUCGAGUUCCUUCUUCUUCUUCUUUCUUGUGGGAGAGCUUAUAAAUCCAAUCAUGAGUACAACUGGGCCUCACAGAGUGGCAGAUGAAACUGCCAUAGACAAGGACACCAAGGGGAAUGCCAGAAUUUAUCCAAGAGGGUUUAAUAUCACGUGGGGCAACGACGAUCGCUAUUGGCAUAUCUCUAACUCCAAUACGCCAAAAAGUUCGUCGGUGGCGGAGCUGAAGCAAGUUUCAUGGCUAGAAGUGACAUGUUCAACAGACAAUGUAGAGAUUGGGAAGACGUACAAAGUGGGGUUCAAUGUAUCAAUGAAACCAGAUGCAUUUGGAUGGAAUGGGAUUGAGGUUUAUGUAAUGGCCAAGGUUGGGAAAUCAGGAAAGUUCAUGUUCAAGAAAGUUUCUUUAGGAGACAAACAACCAAAUGAAAAGCUGACCAUCCCUGAGGAGCCCUUAGAAAUCACAGUUGAUGCUUCAACGCCCAAACAGCUUAGGACCAUCCAUCUUGGUUUGUAUGAAGUUUGGACUCAGAAGUGGAAGGGAGGAUUGAAGAUCCAUGAUGCAUUCAUUCAGAAGAUUGGCUAAAUUUGAGCCAUUCUACUGCACCAGAGUCAGUGACAUGAGAUAUUUUAUUAUUGUUUUAUUUUUUGAAUGAAAAUGUAGUUGAAGCUUUUGAGAUGUUAUGAUCAGUUGAUGUUUGUAUAAACAAAAGGAUGUUUUAACUUGCUAAUAUUAAUCCAAACUGUUGUGGAUUGUGAGAAUAAAUGUUAAACUCUAUGAUACAGUUGGUUUUUGUAGCUUAA